AUGAAGUCACACAUAAAAUCGAACAAGGCCAGGAAUAUCCGUAUACAAAUCAGCAGAGCUCUGUUGCGGGAAAGGAUCUGCUACAUUCGUGGUAGUCUCGACGUGAACAACAUAAAACUGUGUGAAUUGCACCUCUUCCUGAGUGGACAACUGGAUGAGGACAGGAUAACUUUCCAACGAGCCAUAAGGUCAAGUGAAAGUACCACCAGCCGCCAGAUGACGAAGUUCGACAAUUUGCAACGGAAAACAACAAAUGAAGGGCCGAUCCGCGACGGGCGACGAACAGUGGUGAACCUCUCCAGCCACGCCUUGAGCGAUGCAGCCACACAAAUUCUAGCUAGAGAGAUGAACUAUGAACUCGCACCGAAACUAGUACUGAAAGAAGACAUUAUAGAAGCAGUGGAGGCUUCGGUUCGUCAUGUACCACAACCAGAGGCAGAGAAGAUCCGGCAAGAAACGGUACGAGUGUUGGCUCACGCAAAGCCCCCGAUGCAAAACAUCAGUGAGGAGGAACGCCAUGCCAUCAAGGAGCUGAAGAACAACUCUCAGAUAGUG